GGCCGCCAUAUUGGGUGCUGGCCGUCUUAGGGCUUCGGGAAGAACGGCCUGAUUGCGCUGGGGGCUCUCGAAAAUGGACUCUACAUCACUAUUACCAACAUGUUUAGAUGUGGAUCUGACAAUAUCACAUAUAGAAUGUCUUCCCAAGGACAUUCUGGUGAAAUUUCAAGGCAGAAAUAAUAUUGAAUGUGAGUUUGACUACCACAUACUGCAGCAGGAAAUACAGUAUAUCCCAAAAGUAAAAAAUAAUGUGGACAUUGAUGAAUUUUGUUUGGUAGAAGAAAGAAUAUCUGGAGAAUGGCAGAGAGGAAGAGUUUUGGAAAAGAAAAAUGAACUCUACACAGUGUUCCUCAUAGAUCGUGGACAAAAACUAAGAGUUGAUAGUACACGUGUUGCUUCAGCCUGUGGCAACUUAUUUGAACUACCACCACGUGUAGUAGUUGGUAUUUUUGCCAACAUACUACCAGUUGGGGAAAAAUGGUCUCCUAAGGCUUUGAAUUAUUUCAAGUCAUUAGUAGGACUACAAACAAAAGGUUGGGUACAAGCUAUUUUGCCUCUUCAAAUGAUUCUUCUUGAAGUGCCAAAAAUUAUAUCCCAGGUUCUUGAAUUACAGUUAGGAAGACUUAUUGAUGCAGAUUCAUUUUGUCUUAUUGUGGAAAUGUUAAAAGAAUUCCCACAACAAAUGCCUGAUUUAUUACAACAUAAGAAACCUGAAGUGUCAGUAAGUAAUAAUGAUACUUUACUUGAUAUUCAACAUGUUCUGGAUAAUUUGCAGCCAUCUGUGUCAAUAGGCAGUAUGGAAAGUGUAAAGGUAUCAUCUGCAUUGAGUCCAAGUAAAUUUUAUUGUCAAUUAAUUAAAUGGAUUCCAGAGUUAGAAAACUUGACAGUGUGUAUGAAUUUGCAUUAUGAUAUUGUCAGUCAAGAAAGUAGUCCUACGUGUGAUAAUUUUGGACUACUUUGUGUUGCCAAAAGGAGAAGCGGACAGUGGCAUAGAGGAAUUCUUCAGAAGCUCUUGCCCAAUAAUCAAGUGAAAAUUUGGUUUAUGGAUUAUGGCAGUAGUGAGUCUGUACCCUCAAUUCAUGUAAAGAAACUUAAACAGGAUUUUAUUUUAGUACCACUGUUUUCAUUUCCAUGUUCUCUGUCAUAUUUACGUAGUCCAGAUGGAGAUGCAAGAAAACGUCAACUGAGUAUAUUUAAACAAGCUUUGUUAGGACAAAUAGUAUAUGCAUACAUUGAUUGGUUCAAUAAGGAUGAGCAUUUGUAUUAUGUAACAUUACACACUCAAGAGUCUACAGUUAAUUCUAAGUGUCUGAUGGAGACUGUAGGCACAGAAGUACUUUGUCCAGUGUCUGAUUUGAAAAUCCCUAAUAUGUUGAGAGAGACUAGUGCUUCUGAUGUAAACGGUUUUGCAGCUGAGAGUUUUAUUGGAAAUACGAAACAGUUGAUAGACUCUCUAAAUAAAAAAGAUAAUUUGAAAGUAGGUUUUCCUAUUAAAACUGUAGAAAUGGAGAUAGAGACUGCCUACCUAGCUUUAGUAGCAUAUGUAUUAAACCCAACCAAUUUCUGGGUACGUACCAAUGAACAUCAGAAGGAGUUUCAUGAUAUAAUGAAAAAUAUAAACAGACUUUAUGAUCUGUGUGAAAAUGAUGAACUGAUUCUAAGAAAUCCAGAACCUGGUUUAUUUUGUUGUGCUAGAUACAGCAAGGACAGAUGUUUUUACAGAGCUAUGAUCACUGAAAUUAAUGAUUAUAAAAUUAAUGUUUAUUUUUUGGAUUAUGGAAAUACUGAUUCUGUACCAUUUUUUGAUGUAAAAAUUUUGCUGCCAGAGUUUUGUGAGUUGCCUGCCUUAGCCAUGUGCUGUUCACUUGUACAUGUAUUUCCUAUUGAAGGUUUAUGGGUGAAGGCAGCAAUUGAUUAUUUUAAAAAAAUUGUCUUGAACAAAGCAAUUUUGCUUCAAGUUAUAGGAAAAAAAGAUGACAAGUACACUGUAAAUAUUCAAAGUAUUGAAGCCUCAGAAAAUAUUGAUGUUGUUUCUCUUAUGGUAAAAGCUGGAUAUGCAGAAUACUGGGAAAUAGAACCAGAAUGUUAUCCAAAAUCUGCAAGUGAAUAUUCAGCAUUAAAUUUAAAAUCUAAAAACAAAGUUAAGAAGGUCUUUUCUGCCCUUCUUGCAGAACCUAGACCUAAAAAGCACCAUUUAUAUAAGCCAAAAGAAAGUAAUUUGUCCUUAUUAAAGUCCCCAUCUGUUGAUUUCUCAAAUUUAAAACAUCCUUUCACCUUCUCUGUGGCACGUGAGUCACCAUGGCCUUAUAAAGAAUAUAUGUUUAAACCAGGAACAGUUCUUGAAGUUAACUGUUCUUAUUAUUGUGGUCCAGGUGACUUUUCUUGCCAGCUCCAAUGUAAGUUAGAAGACCUAAAAUUACUAAUGGAACAAAUUCAGAAUUAUUACAGCAUUCAUUCUGAUCCUUAUCAGAUUGGGCAGAUUGCUUGUGUUGCUAAGUAUUCCAAAGAUGGCAAGUGGUAUAGAGCUGCUAUUUUGACUCAAGCAUCAAAAAAAGAAGUUGACAUAGUAUUUGUUGAUUAUGGUUAUCAGGAAAGAGUUUUUAUUAAAGAUCUUUGUGCUAUUAACCCAUAUUUUCUUUUCUUAGAAGGCCAAGCCUUCAGGUGUAGUCUUAACCAUUUAGUUGAACCCAUUAGUUGUAAAUUAUUAAGUUGGACAAGAGAAGCAUGCAGAGACUUUGGGAAUUUUAUUUCUACAUCUAGAGGAUUAUUGACUUGUGUCAUCUAUGCCUUAGUUCUUAUAGAACCAAACAAUUUAUGUAAUUUAGUGAAUUUACGAUCUCCGUUUACUAGUGCAAAAGAUUUUCUUAUUAAUCAUGGCUCUGCACAGUAUAGUACAUUAUCAAAGCCAUUCCCAUCUUCUGUUAGUCUUUACAGUUACUGUUAUUCCUCCUUUAAUGUAAAAAUUGGAAGUGAGGAAGAAAUAUAUAUAUCUCAUAUAUGUAGUCCCAACAAGUUUUAUUGCCAACUUAGCAGAAAUCAUAAAGACCUGGAGAUGAUAGAAACAAAAAUCACAGAAAUUAGUGACCUCAAAUAUUUUCCAGAAUAUUGUAGUGAAAUGAGAGUGUGCCUGUCUAAAUACGUAGAGGAUGGUCUUUCUUAUAGAGCUUUAGCAAUACCAACAGAUUCAUUGUCUGACUUUCUGGUCUAUUUUGUGGACUUUGGAAAUAAGCAGUUAGUAGAAGAAAGUAUGUUGAGGGCCAUCUCAGAUCAGUUUCCAGAGUUGCUGUUUACACCUAUGCAAGCUAUUAAGUGUUUUUUGUCAGACCUUAAAGAUGUACAUAUUCCAGCAGAAAUCAAUAGCUGGUUUGAAGAUAAUUAUUUGGGGAAACGAUUAAGGGCAAUCAUAUUGUCCAGAGAGUCAGAUGGCCAGCUUGGUGUAGAAUUGUAUGAUGGAUAUCAGCACAUAAAUCAGAAAAUUAAAAUGUUGCUUCAUGCUUAUGGAAAAAAACAUUGUGACCAAGCACACUGUAUGGAAAAGAGUCAGAAAAUAAACGAGAAUAAGAGAUUUGCUGUUUCUUUGAAAGGCAAAAUAGACAACAGCUAUCACCAUAAUAUGAUAAAUAAAACUAGUCUAGUAACAUAUUCUGAAAACCAAAUAGAUCAGUCAAUGAAUCCCAAAAGUAUAUAUGCCAGACUUUUGAAGCCUUCGGCUUGUUAUAAAAUUGAACAUGUGUCAAAAAACAAAAUGAAGAAAUCUUUGAAUGAUGGAUGCAAAGGUGUGAAAAUUGUCCCUGGAUCUGUACAUACUCUUGAUGAAAGUGAUGUGGGCCAGAAAUCAGUAAGGAUUGUAUCACCGUCCUUUGUCAGAGAAUUGAAUCAAGCAGCCCCACAAAACCUGUAUAAUUUUACGAGACCACAGAUCAAAGAUCUUCCUCAACCCAAAAUUUACUUAAACACCAAAGUUAAAGGACAUGUUUCUAAUAUCAGUAAUCCAGCAAGUUUCCAUAUUCAGCUUGCAGAGAAUGAAAAUGUAAUCCUCCAACUUGCAGAUGCUCUAAAUGAGAGAAGAGCAAAUAGAGUGAAUGAGAGAAAAUCAGUUAAACCGAUGGUGGGAGAUCUUGUAGUUGCGGAGUACUCUACUGACAAUGCCAUUUACAGAGCAGUUAUUAAGAAAAUUUUGCCAGGAAAUGCUUUUGAAGUGGAAUUUAUUGACUAUGGUAACACUGCAGUAGUAAACACAUCUAAAAUUUAUGAACUUAAGAGAGAAUUCUUAACUAUUCCUAAGCUAGGAAUCCAUUCUUUUCUUAGUGGAGUAAAAUGGAUUGGGCCUGAUGAAAUAUGGGAUACCAAAACUGUGGAUUAUUUUGCUUCAAGAGUAAGUAACAAAACAGUUACUUGUGAAUUUUUGAAAAAGCAUGAGCAGAAAUGGGAAGUAAAUAUAAUUUGUGAUGAAAAAUGUGUCAUUAAUGAACUACUGAAAUGGAUAGCAUGUUCAAAACCAUAAAAAACAGUAUUGCAAAGCCCCCAGGUUGUGUUUCAGAAGGUGAGCCCUGGUGAGAAUGAAAUGAAGAAAGGAAGAUCAAAUGAAUAUGAAGGUUCUAGGGUUCUUCAAGCGUCCUACCAAAAGCUGGUUAACAUUCCUUUUGAACAGUUAAAACCUGGACAACUUGAAAAGGCUGAAAUAUUUGUUUCGAAAAGUGGAACAUUUUAUGUGAAGUUCUCUAAAAAUAAAAAAUUAUCAGUAUUACUAAAGAAGUAAAAACAAACACCUCUUUUUUUAAAAAUGGAAAAUAUUGAAAAAGGCUUAUUAGAAUGCCUGGCAAAAUCUAAAAAAGCUUUAAAGUGGUAUCGAUCAAAAGUAGGAAAAAAGUGUGUGGAUGAGAAAGUGCUUUUUUUUUUUUUAGUAUUGUGGUCUUAUGAAGUAGUGCCUUUAUGUAAUACCAGGCUUAGUGAUGAAAUCAGAAGUAUUCCAAGACAAGCUAUGCCUUGUAAAUAGAUUUGGUUUGAAAAUUUGGGGAACAUGCCAUUUGAGUCCAUUGUGUGUUUAUGUGCUCAUUUGGAAAGAAGCAUCCUUUUUUGGAAAUAUUUAGACUCUGCCUAGGAAGUAGAAAUCUUGGUAGAUGGCUUGUUAUUUUUGGAAUGUUUAAAUGUAAAUAUAGUUCGUGUUGAAGAAAACAGACUUAGGUCUUCAAAAAUUAUUUUCAACAUGGAAUCUAAGAUUUCUAUGUCAUCAUGUACAAUAAGAUCAUUUACUUGGGCACAACUCCAAAGCUGUAAGCGAUACUCUGUCAUUGCUGUUUCUGAGCCAUCACACUUCAGUAUUCAGGUAGAAAAUUUCUCUGACACAGUGAAAUUUCUCUUUAUGUUGCUUUCUGAUCUACCAGAAAACUUCCAAACAGUGCCUCAAGAGCACAUAAUUCCUGGUUCUAGUUGUUUGUUCAAAUAUAUGAAUGAAGGUCAGUGGAAUAGAGUGGAAAUUUCUGAAAUCUCCGAUCAGUCUUUGCUGAUUGUGUUGAUCGACUAUGGAUUUUCCAUUUACAUACCUUAUUCAGUUAUAAAGAAUUUUAAAAUUGUUCCUGAGGAAUCUUUGAGUUUGCCAAGGCUAAGUUAUCCUCGUAUCUUACCUGCCAAAGGAAAACAUUGGAAUGAAGCAGCUAAAGGUUUUUUUCAAGGCUUCCUAAGUAAACCAGGCUUAGUUUUUCAGUUUAGGAAAAAUAGUUUUGAAACAAAACUGAAAGUAGAUGUUCAUGAGAAAAACAAUUUGGCAGAUAUGUUAGUUGCAUCUGGUCUUGUAAGGUAUUCUAAAGAUUCAGAUCAUCUUGAGGCAGUUACUAUUUACUACUGGAUAUACUAA